AUGGUUGUGAAGGUGUAUAUAAGUGGUAUUUCUGGAAAUAAAGAAGUAAAAAAGAGACAACAAAGAGUGUUAAUGAUCUUAGACUCUAAAACCAUUAAGUAUGAAGUAAUCGAUAUAACGGAACCGGGCAGAGAGGAAGAUAAGGACUUUAUGCAAAACAAUGCGAAAUGCAACGGCGGAACUGUGAGCGAUCCAAAUCCCCGGUCACCGUUGCCUCCGCAGGUCUUCAACGACGAGGAAUACUGCGGGGAUUAUGACCAGUUUGAUCUUGCCAAUGAAGUUGAUACAUUAGAACAAUUUUUAAAACUAGAACCGCCAUCAGCUGAGCCUCAAGGAACUGAUCAUUCCAUUGUAAAUGGCAGUGUUAAAGAGGAGAUCCCAGAAACACCACAAAGCAAUGGAAAACUUAAUGAAGCUGGAGAUACUGAAGAAAAGGUUGUUGAAAGUGAAGUUAGUAAUGAAAGUGAAGAUAGGCAUGAUGCUAAACCUACAUCAGAUGACACCCCGUCAAAGGAAUCAUCAGUAGAAAAGGAAACUCCUACAGAUAGAUUACAGCCAGAAGAAACUGAGGAAUCAUCAAAAGAUGAAAACAAAGAAUCCAACUUAGAAGAUUCAAAGGAGGAAUCGGUUGUAAACGAUGAGAAUGUUAAUGAGAAUGGAGCAGUGAGUUCUCGUGAGCAGUCUAAAGAAAAGGAAGUGCCUACCGUUGAAACAAAAGAUAACCCAUCAGAAGCUCUGAUUGAAAGUGAAAAAGCAGUUGCCGCUGAAUAG